AUGGAUACGGAUCGAUGCAGGACCACCGUACGAGCUGCAGACAAGGCGAACCCUCGAACGGAAUCCUCUUCUAGCGCGUUAUUACUCCGCCUGGCGAAGAAGCUAAACGGAGUUGAGCUAAACGAAAAUCCAUGUCGACGACCGCAGCUGGCCCAGCAGCAACAGUCUGCCGGCGACGAAGAUGAACGACGAAGGAAACGUAGAAAACGCACCAUCCAACCACAACUGAUCGAGCAAACGCUGCAUCCGCCGCCUAGAAUGCUGCGCUACGGCAUUGCUAUGGAAACGGAAAGGCAACACGACCACGGUUUGUACGGCCCGCAGAGAAAGAUCGCUCGCCGUCGUGCGCUGGUCACGGCUUGCUGUGCUGUGGGAUUGUUGCUGCUGCAUCUCAUCUCGCUUGCUGCAUCAACGCCCAUGCCGAUCAAACCGGACUACUGGCAGCGUGUGGCGUCUGUGGGUCGUGGCAUGGCAAAGGAGAAUUUUGGCACAGAUGAUCAACGAUUGCAUCCUUCCAAAGAGUUCUCACACUACGGUAGAAUAACGCCCCAGCUGCAACAUGGACGGCAUAAAAGAUCCUUAACAAACACACGCGAAGAGAAUGGACUUCACGCGACGCAUUUAACGAUAAGCUAUACAUUAAACGAAGCUGAUGUGAUAUUAGAUUUACAACUAAACAAACGGCUUAUACCGGACGGACACUUUCUUAGCUAUCAGAAGCCGAACAGAACUGGCAAACAUGUGGUACGAUACAACCGUCCGGAAGAGGUGGAUCUUUGCCAUUAUCAGGGGAAGAUACGAGGCAAACCGGACUCUAGUGUGGCGAUUUCAACGUGCGGUGAAACGGCAGGCAUUAGAGGAAUGAUUAUCGAUACCGACGAUACGUAUUAUAUCGAAAGUCCACCGGCGACUGUACCAAGCCACGACACGAACAACGAAACGGCAAGGAUCGACCUUGGCGAACACUUUAUUUACCGGCACGCUGAUUUAGUUCCCGCUGGACCGAACGGAGGCGGUGGUCACAGGUGUGGCUACGAGGGAGGACACAUCAACGCAACCCACGAUCCGGAGCUGUACCAGCAACACUUGGCACCUACAACACCGAGGCGCGAGAAACGUGCCACUUCAUCCGGUUCUGCCUCCUCCAAAAUCCGAGGUCCGUACAAUGCGAACAAGUACUCGAGCUACGUCGAGCUGGUGAUCGUGGUGGACAACAAGAUGUUUAAGACGAUGCGCGAAAAUUUCAAAACCGUCCAGCAGUACUGUAAGGAUAUAACGAACAUCAUCAACGCACUGUACGAACCGCUGAACAUCUUCGUGGGGUUGGUCGGUGUGGUCGUCUGGAACGAGGGUGACGAGAUCGAGCUGUCGAAGGAUGGCGAGGUGACGCUGAAGAACUUUCUACACUACCGGAAGAAAACGCUGAUUAAGGACCAUCCGAACGAUAAUGCGCAGCUGUUUACGAAGGAACACUUUGACGGUGGUGUGGUGGGCAAAGCGCUUAAAGGGCCGAUCUGCACGUACGAGUUUUCCGGGGGUGUCGAGAUGUACCAUAGCGAAGUCAUCGGUGUGCAGGCAACGACGGUUGCGCACGAGAUGGGUCACAACUUCGGCAUGGAGCACGAUACGGCCGAUUGCGAAUGUCCGGAGGAACGGUGCAUUAUGUCCGCGUCCAGUUCGUCCAUCGCACCGAAACACUGGAGCCGCUGCAGUAUCGAUCAGCUGAGCUUGGCGUUUCAUCACGGCAUGAACUACUGUUUGAUGAACAAACCGGAGAGUCUGUUCGAUUCGCCCGUCUGUGGGAAUGGGUUUGUGGAGGCGGGCGAACAGUGCGACUGUGGGUUGCCGGACUACUGUGACAAUUCGUGUUGCGAUCCGCGUACCUGCAUGCUCCACUCGAACGCAUCCUGUGCGACGGGCGAAUGUUGUGACUUGCGGACGUGCAAACCAAUGGUUGGGGGUACGGUUUGCCGACAGGCGGAUGGUGAGUGUGAUCUGCCCGAGUACUGUUCCGGCGAGUCCGAGUACUGUCCGGGUGAUGUGUUUAAGCGGGACACGGAAAUUUGUGAUGGUGGCAAAGCGUUCUGUUACCGUGGUACAUGCCGUUCGCAGAAUGACCAAUGCCGAUUGCUGUGGGGUCCUACCGGGAAAUCGUCGGAACAGUGUUACGUUAAGAAUGAGGACGGUAGUAGACAUGGAAACUGUGGUUACAAUCGAGUUAAAAACGAGUACGUUAAAUGCGAUGAGGCGGACGUACACUGUGGAAUGCUUCACUGUCGGCAUUUGAACGAGCGGCUCGAGUUUGGUAUGGAAUCGGUCGCAAUACUAUCGCACAGCUUCAUGACGUACAACGGUAGUGUCAUACCGUGCCGAACCGCAAUCGUUGAUCUCGGUUUGCAGAAGGUUGACCCGGGCCUAACGCCAGACGGUGCGAAAUGUGGCGAGGGAAAGAUGUGUCUCAACCAGAUGUGCAUGUCGGUAGAGAAGCUGAGGGCGACCGGUAGUGGUGCUGCAUGUCCGGAAAACUGUAACGGCAAGGGUGUAUGUAAUAGCGAAGGACACUGCCAUUGCGAUCCCGGCUUUGCGCCGCCACUUUGCAACCUUCCGGGGCACGGAGGAUCACUCGACAGUGGGCCAGCAACCGAUCCAAAUGCUACAGCUGGAUUCCGUCGUUUGAUGUACAUUUUCUUCUGUGGCGUGGUGCCCGUAUGCACCAUCUUCGCCUUCAUCGUGUACUAUCUACGCAAUGGGCAGACGUUCAAUGGCAAACGCAAACCCCCGCCGAAUGUCCUAACUACACACAUUAAACCGGACGGUUCUCAUUCGGCCAGCUCAACGCACACAAUACUGCCAUCGUCACCAAACUCCCCAGACUCGGACAUGAAUGCGGCCCUGCUCCGUCCAUCAUCAACGGUCGGCAAUGCGGUCGCACCGAACGAGUCGGACUUUGUCGCCAACAACAAUAUGUUCGGUAAAUUUAAAGGAUUCACCCUGCAACCCCUUCCCCAGUCCACGGUCGGCGGCGUCCCGGGCAUUCACAAAAAGUCCCCUAAAGUGGCGUUCGUACAACCGGUUGCUAAGUGUAGCGAAGACACUUCCAUCAAUGCUGUCCCUGCCCGUGCCGCACCUCCCGUACCCGUACCGCUAAAAAGCACGCUAGCACGACACGACAGUAGCAAUGACCGCAGCAAUAGCUUAGAUAAUGUAGCGACGUACAUUAAACCGACAGGUACCAACGUUUCACCGUUUUCACAAUCGCGCAUUAACGGGUGCAAACUGGCCAACCACGAGCAUCAGCUCGACACGUCCGCUGCACCGGCCUUACCGCCCGCAAAUCCUGGCUCCACUGCCCGGCCGAUCAUUUCCAGCCCGAUCCUCGAAUCGUCUACCUCGCGCGAGUUGGUGGUGGUUGCUGGCGUGACGCAAAAGACAUCCUCCAACGUUCCUAUCCGACCGGCACCCAUGCUUCCGCCGGCGACGGUCACCAGCGAGGUGGUUUCUAACCCCGCCACAGCAAUCCCGUCCGAAACGUCCAGCACAUUGUCCGCCGAGGUGCUGAUCAAUCCGGUCAGCAAAGACAAAAAGGCAAAGGAAAGCAAACUGAAUCGCAUUACGUCGUAUUUGAAGAAGGAAGAGAAACCUCCGAAGCCGGAACCGAAGCAACUGAAGGUGAUCGAUAAGGAGAAGCUGCGCAACAUCGACAUCUCCGCUCCGAUACCGAUCGAACAAAACAAUCCCGAGCUUGCGAAGAGUAUGCCCCGUUUGGCGGACAUUAACGCACAGAGCGAGGAGAAGCAACCGGCACCGGUAGGAGCAUCGGUACAGCGAGCUAAGAGCAUGCGCGAUCCAGAAUCAACCGUGGGGAACGUUCCGCGCAAGGUGCGCAUCGUGGACGAUCGAUCCGAUCGGUCGGAAAAUGGUUCGAUCGGCAGCGGUUCGUCAGGAAAGAAGGGAACCGGUGGCGCUGCUUUAAAGCGACCACAAAGUAUGGUGGGUACGCGGCCCACCAUCCCACCGCCAAGACCACCCGUACCGGCAGCCGUUACGCAAACGUCGGCUAUGAAAAUUCCCGGUGUACCUGGCUAUCAGAAUCCUCCUCCACCGAAAUCGGUCAGAAUCGUUACGCCACCUGGCGUUAAUCAACGACACGAGUAUGACGAUUGUCGGGACAGUGGAAACGGUACCGGACAUUCUUCAAUUGGUUCGGACAAUAUCUACUCCGUCAUCGACGAGUCACCGUCACCGCCGAGCGUCCUAUCACCGCCAGCCAUUUCGUCUGGUGGCAGUUCGGAGAGUAUGGGUCUGCUGGGCGAGAUCGUAAACGAGAUCGAGAAUCGUAACGGUGACUCGGUGUACAUUGCGUCCACACUACGCCGUGGUGAAAGUGGAAGCAGAAAGUCUUCAUCGGCCGCAAGCCAACCGACAACGACGGUGGUUCCAGCUAAAGCGACCGCCACAUUAGCCUCACCGGAGGAUGAUGAACCGACGUACGUAAAUACGUCCGAGAUGCUUGACGAUGAUGAUGAUUUCGACGCGACGGAAGAUGACGAUGAUGACGAGCUGGAGGAGGACAGCCCAAUGCAGAACCGUAACUCGGGACUCAGCACAACGUCCAGCGGCUAUCUACGACCGUCGGCAAUCAACAGCACGCCGAUCGCACGGAUAACGCCGUCCACGAAUGGUACGGUAACUGCCGAGAAAACACCGACAACGGGUGUGAGCAGCUUCAAAUCUGCAGCUCCUGCAACGACCGUUCCUUCCAAAGGUAGCACCGGCAAUGUGUUGAAUCAGAUAAAAUUUCAAGGUCCCACCGGCAGUAAGGAACCGGCGAAGAAAGCAACGCCAACGAACACCGCCAGCACGGCGAAUGGUGUUAGCGGGUCGUCCUACAAACCGUACCACAGCGUACUGACCAACAAUGCACGGUCCGGUUCGGUGGUGGCCGCCGCAAAAGCAAAAAUAGCAUCGGAAAAAUCAAACGCAACGCCCGCAACCACCACGACGAGCAUUACCACCAAAAAACUGCCUUCACAAGCGAACGCAUCCGUCCGUACGCGUACACCCUCACCGCGGGGCAGCAUUGCCAAUGGUUCCCUACCGAAUGGGACCGUGCCGGGGAAAGCGAGCACCGGUACGGUGGGUGGCAAACCGAAAACGGCCGCCAAACCAACGUCGGCUGCGAUCGUUGGCAAUGGGAAACUUUUGACCGCUGCCGCACGACCCGGUCCCGGUAAGGUGUCUAACGUCGCCUCGCUGCAGCAAAAGUUUGAAGGACGAAAGUAG